AUGAUCCGAACCCUCACAACGCUCGGCCUGUACGGGUUCGUCCAACAGGCAUUGAGCAAAAAUGUGUAUCUGGAUUGGAAUAUAACUUGGGUGACUGCAGCACCUGAUGGGUAUGCGAGGCCUGUGAUCGGCAUUAACGGACAUUGGCCUUGUCCCCAAAUUGAUGUCGAUGUUGGCGAUAAUCUCAUCGUCGACGUGUACAACGGGCUGGGUAACGAGUCCACCGGAAUCCAUUGGCAUGGUCUGCAUCAGAACUACAAUGGCUACAUGGACGGUGUCCCAGGAGUCACCCAAUGCGAGCUCCACCCCAACCAGCGCAUGCGCUACGUUGUUCCGAUGAACCAAACGGGUACAUAUUGGUACCACUCGCACGAGCCGGGUCAGUAUCCUGAUGGGUUGCGCGGACCCAUCAUCGUGCACGACAAUGUUCCUGCCCCGUAUCACUAUGACGAGGAAAUGACUCUCACCUUAUCCGACUGGUAUCAUGUGCAGAUACCCGUCUUGCUCGAUCAGUUCAUAGUUCCAGGAGACCAUGCCCCCUAUGGAGGUCUAGAGCCGCUACCUGAUGCGAUUUUGUUCAAUGACAUGCAUAACACGAAGAUCAGCGUUAAGCCCGGUACGACCUACUUGAUCCACGUUGUCUGCAUGGGCAACUUUCCCGGGCAUGCGCUCGUCAUUGACGACCACGACAUGACCAUUGUUGGUAUGGAUGGCAUUGCAGUGGAACCGCAUUUCCUUCCACCCCAGUAUCUGCGUGUGGCCGUUGGACAACGAGUCGACAUCCUCCUCACCACCAAAAAUGAUACUAGCAAAAACUAUGCGAUCUGGGACGGUCUCGAUAUUGAUGAGAUGUUCGUUCAAGAGGGAAGGAGCCCACCUCAAGGGUACAAUCCCAACGGCACCGCAUGGCUCAUGUACAACGAGGAUGCUCCUUUGCCUCCUCCGCCCAUCAUUCAUGUCAACAAUGCAAGUCUGGACUUCCUCGACGAUGUGACCUUGACACCGAUAGACCACCUUCCUCUGAUCGACCCCAUACAACACCAAUUCAUCUUCGACGUCUACCCAACCACAGUAGAUGGAAAGCCCGCCUACAGCAUCAACAACAUGACAUAUAACGCCCCCGACUCGCCCACGCUGUACACUGCCAUCUAUUCUGACCCCGAGGCCUGCUUGGACCCAGACCUCUAUGGAGAUGUGAACCCUUUUGUCGUCAAUUAUGGUGAUGUGGUGGAGAUCGUUCUCAACAACCACCAUGACAAUCUUCAUCCGUGGCAUCUUCACGGUCAUGAUUUCCAGGUGCUCCAGCGCACUUACCCGUACGGUGGCUUCUUCGAUGGCUACCGCAACAUUUCUGCCUCUCCCAUGCGCCGAGAUACGCUCAUGGUGGAGCCCAUGGGACAUUUCGUAAUUCGAUUCCGUGCAAUGAAUCCUGAUAAGUAUUCCCUCCCUGCAAGUUAG